AGCUCGGAGGUGGCGGCCCGAAGCCCCGCCCCGGGGCCUGGGCCGCGGCAAGCAGCCUGCCCGCCCCCCCCGCCAGCCCCGGGGCCCGCGAGCUCGGGCUGCCUCGGCCCGCCCCGCCCCCGUGUCGCGUCGCGUCGCGUCUCCAGAGCAACGGCGGCAGCUGCACAGCGGCGCGAGCGCGAGCUGGCGGCGGCGCCAUGGGCGGCUCGGAGGACGAGGCGGGCUCCACCCGGGCCGGCGCCCUCGGCUGGGACCCCCGGGUCCGGCUGCUCGGGGAGCGCGUGGCCCGGAGCCUGCGGCUGAAGCCCGAGCGCUGGGAGCGCUGCGCCGGCAGCCCCGAGGCGGAGCCGCUGCUGCGGGGUUUCCUGGACCGGGCGGCGCCGCCGCUGCUGCUGGUGUGGCCCGGCCCCGCGGGGCAGCUGGCACUCGGCUCCCGCCUGCCCCCCGACGCCGGCCGCGCCAAGGCGCUCUUCUUCCUGCGGACGAGCCCGGGCCCGCUGAACGCGCCGCCCGCCCCCGGCCAGCUGCUGUGCGGCGACCUGCCCGCCGCCCUGCUGGAGCACUGCGCCGCGCUGCUGGAGGAGGUAGUAGCACCAAUCCUAGGCAACAAGAAGAACCACCACAGCUGGCCACAUGUGGUAUCACAAGACAUUAUGCGUCAUGUCCACAGCCUAAAAAGUAAUAUUUUCAUGAUUGUUGGUCAAGUAAAUGGCAAGACCUUACUUCCUCUUCCAGAAGGCUCUGAGAAAGUUGAAUGUAUAGAUUAUGAAAAAGAAAAAAUUGGGGAGCUAGUAGAUAAAUCUUUUAUACAUGCCAUUGAAUCAGCAGUUAUAGAUUGGAGUUACCAGGUACAAGGAGCAUUGAAGAGAGAAUCAUCAGAACCUCUUCUACAAGGCAGCAACCCCAACCCAAAGGUGGAAUUAGAGUUCUGGAAAAGCAGGUGUGACAAUUUGGAAUGCAUUUACAAUCAGCUAAAUGCCAGGAAGGUUAGGAAUAUGGCAGAACUUCUGGACAGAGUGCAGAGCAGCUACUUCCCAUCCUUCAAAGCAAUGUUCAGAGAUGUUGCAGCAGCUUUGAGUGAGGCCCAGGAUAUUAACCUGCAUCUGACACCUCUUCAACAUCACUUGGAGGAAAUAGAAAGUGUGGAAUUCAGUGAGGUGAAGUCAUUGGUCAGCCCCUUGCUCCAUGUGGUGUGUUUAAUCUGGGCCACAUCUAAGUACUACAACACACCUGCACGGAUAAUAGUGCUGCUUCAAGAAAUAUGCAACCUGCUGAUUCAACAGGCUCGGAACUACCUGAACCCAGAAGACAUUUUGAAAGGAGAAACAGAAGAAAGUCUGGGUAAAGUGCAGGAGGUGCUUGGCAUAUUGAACCACUUCAAGCAGACAUUUGAGGAACGAAGGAAAAAUCUCUACAUAUACUUUAAACCUGACCAAGAGAUGAAAGAAUGGGACUUUCAGUCUCACUUAGUUUUUACAAGAUUGGAUGGUUUUCUAAGAAGACUUGAGAUUGUAAAGGAUCUCCUAGCAACUGCCUUGGACAUAAUGAAGCUGGAAAAGAUAGAGUUCAGCGGGAUAAAAGGGAAGGCUCUAAGCCAGCAAGUCUUGAGCAUGUAUGAAGAGUUCCAGGAAGUGUAUAAAGUAUUGUCAGACCAUAGCUACGAUUGUCUUGACACAACAAACUUGGAAUUUGAACAAGAUGCUUCUAACUUCAAGCAACAAGUAGAAGAUAUGGACAGAAGACUGGGGACUAUUUUCUGCCAGGCUUUUGAUGAUGCAUCUGACUUGGAACAUGCUUUCAAGUUGCUGGAUAUGUUUGGAAGCCUUCUGGAACGUCCACUGAUAGCUGCUGAUGCUGCUGAUAAAUAUCCUUUGCUCAUUACUAUGUUUGACAGAGACCUAGAAGAUGCUAAAGUGAUCUACUCUAGGCAUAUUCAAAAGGAGAUGGAGUUAGGCUACGCCCCUGUACACAGGAACAUGCCAUUAGUUGCUGGGACUUUGCGUUGGACUCAGGAACUGAGGGACCGGAUCCAACUUCCAUUCAGUAAUUUUAGGCACAUCACACAUAUAUGCAUGGAAUCUGUUGAAGGAAAAAGAAUGAAACAGAAGUAUCAAGAUAUAAUACAAUUGCUAGAAAGGUAUCGGGAAAAGCUCUAUAAGGAAUGGUCCCAGACAGUAUCUGAAAAAUCAGAGUACAACCUCACUCAGCCACUUAUCAGACAAGAUCAAGAGACCAAGUUGAUUGCAGUCAAUUUUGAUCAUCAGCUGGUUUCAGUGCUUAGGGAAGUGAGUUACUUGACAGGAAGCCAGAUGGAGAGCAUCCCGCAGACAGCAGCAGAAUUCUACGCCUCCAAGGAAUCAUACCGGAAGCUGGUGGCUAACUUGGAACUGAUGGUGAACAGGUACAACAAGAUCCUAAGGACAGUUCUUGAGGUAGAAUACCCUCUAAUAGAGAGACAACUUCAUGAUAUUGACUUACACCUGAAAGAUGCAAAAGAGACUCUAAACUGGAAAAUGGAAGGCCUCUGGGAUCACAUCUCUGAAGUGACUGACAGUGUUCAUGACCUUGAGAGAAGGAUCCAGAAAGCCAAGGACAAUACUGAGGAGAUUCAGAAUAUCAUGAGAUCCUGGGUGUCACCCAUUUUUGAGAGGAAAGAUGGGAAAAGAGAAUCACUGUUUAGUUUGGAUGACCGGCAUGAAUCAUUGGAAAAGCGUUACAAGCUCAUCAAAGAAUCUGGGUUUAAGAUUCAUUCUCUGGUGAAGGAAAACCUGAGCCUAUUCAUUGCAGACCCCACUUCUGACACCUGGAAAGCAUACAUUGAUUAUGUGGAUGAAAUGGUCCUGGAUGGAUUCUUUAGUGCUAUUGAGUGUUCACUGAAGUAUCUUCUGGAAAACACAGAUCCCAAGGCAGGACUCGCCCCCCUAUUUGAAGUACAACUGGAUUUGGUGAAGCCAGAUUUGGUAUUCCACCCUUCUUUGGACCCUGGUGCUAAUGAUGGCUUUUAUGACAUCAUCGAAGGACUCAUCAACGACAUCUAUCGAAUCUCAUCGUUGGUACCAAGGCUAACUGAGCACAGCAUUUUCCCUCAUUAUCAGGCUGAUAUGGAGGACAUGGGUGAUUUAGCUGACAUGCGCCACAACCUGAUGGAGCGUGUUCAGAAUGUUAUGUCAAUUUGCUGUGAUUACCGCAGUUCCUUUGACCAUUACUCAUACCUCUAUGGGGAUGACAGGAAAGAAUUUAUACGCCAAUUCCUGCUGUAUGGGCAUGUACUUACUGCAGCAGAAAUUGAAGCCCAUGCUGAAGAGGGUGUUCCAGAGUCCCCUCCCACAUUGCAACAGUUCAAAGAACAGAUAGAUUCAUAUGAAAAGAUAUAUGAUGAAGUCAACAGCCUGGAGAUGACGAAUGUUUUUGAUGGUUGGAUGAAAAUUGAUGCCCGGCCCUUUAAAGCUUCUCUGCUUAAUAUAAUCAAAAGGUGGAGCCUGAUGUUUAAGCACCACCUCAUUGAUCAUGUCACACAUAGCUUGGCUGACCUUAAAGAGUUUAUAAACAUUGCUGAUAGAGGUUUAAGCAAAAAAGUUGAAAAAGGAGAUUAUGAUGGGUUGGUAGAGAUUAUGGGUCACCUGAUGGCUGUUAAAGAAAGACAGAGUAGCACUGAUGAGAUGUUUGAGCCCCUAAAGCAAACCAUUGAACUACUGAAGAUAUAUGAGCAAGAACUGCCAGAGGAAGUAUAUAAACAACUUGAGGAGCUGCCAGAAAAAUGGAACAACAUAAAGAAGCUGGCAAUAACUGUGAAACAGCAUGUGGCUCCUUUGCAGGCAAAUGAAGUGACAGUUCUUCGCAAGGGCUGUGCAGCAUUUGAUGUUGAGCAGCAUAAAUUUAGAGAGAAAUUUCGCAAAGAGGCACCAUUCAGGUUUGAUACUGAAAAUCCUUACCAAAUACUGGAUGCAAACCACAUUGAGAUUAAACAAAUGGAGUCAACCGUGGGUUCAAUUUAUGAAUCAGCUGGUUUGUUUGAAGUCAGUGUUCCAGAUUAUAAACAGCUAAAGCAAUGCAGGAAGGAACUUUGUCUUCUCAAGGAACUCUGGGAUAUGAUCUCUGUUGUUGACUCGAGAAUCAACGAUUGGCAGACCACAAAAUGGAGGGAUAUUAAUGUUGAAAACAUGGACAUUGAGUGCAAAAAGUUUGCUAAAGAUAUUCGAAACUUAGAUAAAGAAAUGAGGGCAUGGGAUGCUUUCAUUGGGCUGGACAAUAGGGUAAAGAACACCCUGACAUCUCUGAGGGCUGUGGCAGAACUUCAGAAUCUCGCCAUUAGGAAAAGGCAUUGGAACCAGCUGAUGCAGGCAACAGGUGUGAAAUUCACCAUGGAUGCAGAUACUACUCUGGCUGAUCUGCUGCAGCUCAACCUUCAUAACUUUGAGGAUGAGGUUCGCAGUAUUGUGGAUAAAGCAGUCAAGGAAAUGAGCAUGGAAAAGGUCUUGAAAGAACUUAAAACAACCUGGAGCAGCAUGGAAUUCCAAUAUGAACCUCACCCCCGGACAAAAGUUCCCUUGUUGAAAUCUGAUGAAGAUCUAAUUGAAACUUUAGAAGACAACCAGGUACAGCUGCAGAAUCUAAUGACUUCCAAGUAUAUUGCCUUCUUUCUGGAGGAAGUGUCCGGAUGGCAAAAGAAGCUGUCUGCAGCAGACUCUGUCAUUUCUGUCUGGUUUGAAGUGCAGCGUACAUGGUCUCACCUGGAAAGCAUAUUCAUAGGCUCAGAAGAUAUCCGGGCACAGCUCCCUGAGGACUCCAAACGUUUUGAAGGAAUUGAUGCUAAUUUUAAAGAACUGGCCUAUGAUGCUGAGAAAACUACAAAUGUAGUUGAGGCUACCAACAAACCAGGUCUAUAUGAAGAACUGGAGGAUAUUCAGAGCAGAUUGUGUCUGUGUGAGAAAGCCUUGGCUGAAUAUUUAGACACCAAGAGAUUGGCCUUCCCCAGAUUUUACUUCAUUUCUUCUGCAGACUUAUUAGACAUUCUUUCCAAUGGCACCAACCCACAACUAAUUCAACGCCAUCUUUCAAAACUAUUUGACAACUUGGCUAAGAUGAAAUUUCAAGUGGACUCUGAGCAAAAUCCAACCAAAACUGGAUUGGGAAUGUAUAGUAAAGAGGAGGAGUAUGUUGACUUCAGUGAUCCAUGUGACUGUAGUGGACAGGUUGAAGACUGGUUAAAUCAUGUGCUGGAUAAUAUGAGGGCUACUGUGAGACAUGAAAUGACAGAAGCUGUGACUGCUUAUGAAGAGAAACCAAGAGAUCAGUGGCUCCUUGAUUACCCUGCCCAGGUGGCCUUAACCUGUACCCAGAUCUGGUGGACCACAGAGGUUGGAAUCGCCUUUGCCAGACUAGAAGAAGGUUAUGAAAAUGCAAUGAAGGAGUACUACAAGAAGCAAGUGACCCAGUUGAAUACUCUCAUCACCAUGCUCAUUGGUCAUCUCUCCAAGGGUGACAGACAGAAAAUCAUGACCAUAUGUACCAUUGACGUGCAUGCUCGGGAUGUAGUAUCUAAGAUGAUAGCUCAAAAGGUGGACAAUGCUCAGGCAUUUAUUUGGCUGUCACAGCUUCGGCACCGGUGGGCUGAUGAAGAAAAGCACUGCUAUGCGAACAUAUGUGAUGCCCAGUUUCUUUAUUCAUAUGAAUACCUCGGUAACACUCCUCGCCUUGUAAUCACUCCCCUGACAGACAGAUGCUACAUCACCCUUACCCAGUCUCUACACCUGACCAUGAGUGGUGCCCCUGCUGGGCCUGCAGGGACUGGUAAAACAGAGACCACCAAGGAUUUGGGGCGAGCCCUUGGCAUCAUGGUAUAUGUGUUUAACUGCUCUGAACAGAUGGAUUACAAGUCUUGUGGGAACAUUUACAAAGGCCUUUCCCAGACCGGUGCUUGGGGCUGUUUUGAUGAGUUUAAUAGAAUCUCAGUCGAGGUACUUUCAGUAGUAGCUGUACAGGUAAAGAGCAUACAGGAUGCUAUAAGAGACAAAAAACAACACUUCAGCUUCCUUGGAGAAGAAAUUAAUUUAGUACCCUCUGUGGGUAUUUUCAUUACUAUGAAUCCUGGUUAUGCUGGACGAACUGAGCUACCUGAAAACUUGAAAGCCCUUUUCAGACCAUGUGCAAUGGUUGUGCCAGACUUUGAGCUGAUUUGUGAAAUCAUGCUGGUGGCUGAGGGAUUCAUUGAAGCCCGGCUGUUAGCCAGAAAGUUCAUUACUCUCUACCAGUUAUGCAAAGAGCUCCUCUCAAAACAAGAUCACUAUGACUGGGGCUUGCGUGCAAUUAAGUCAGUUCUAGUUGUUGCUGGAUCUCUUAAGAGAGGUGACCCAGAUCGGCCCGAAGACCAAGUUCUUAUGCGCUCUCUUCGUGACUUCAACAUCCCUAAGAUUGUGACAGAUGACAUGCCAGUGUUCAUGGGACUAAUUGGAGAUCUUUUUCCUGCUCUCGAUGUACCCAGAAAGCGAGACUUGAAUUUUGAAUCAUUUGUGAAACAGGCUGUGUUAGACCUAAAACUGCAAGCUGAAGACAACUUUGUGCUCAAAGUGGUGCAGCUAGAGGAGCUUCUGGCUGUGCGACACUCUGUUUUUUUGGUGGGUAAUGCUGGAACAGGCAAAUCUCAGGUUUUGAAAUCUCUUUACAAGACUUACCAAAUAAUGAAGCGUCGUCCUGUCUGGACAGACCUCAAUCCCAAAGCAGUCACCAAUGAUGAACUUUUUGGCAUUAUCAACCCAGCAACAAGAGAAUGGAAAGAUGGACUCUUUUCAUCGAUCAUGCGAGAGCUGGCCAACAUCACACAUGAUGGUCCUAAGUGGAUAGUACUGGAUGGGGAUAUUGACCCAAUGUGGAUUGAGUCUCUUAAUACUGUCAUGGAUGAUAAUAAGGUGCUGACAUUAGCAAGCAAUGAAAGAAUACCCUUGAACCCAACUAUGAGGCUGCUCUUUGAGAUCAGUCACCUUCACACAGCCACUCCAGCAACAGUGUCCAGAGCAGGGAUUCUGUACAUCAACCCAGCAGACUUGGGCUGGAAUCCUCCAGUGAGCAGUUGGAUUGACAGACGAGAAUACCAGUCAGAACGUGCUAACCUGACAAUUUUGUUUGACAAGUACCUGCCAUCUUGCUUGGAUACACUUAGAGUGAGAUUUAAGAAGAUUAUUCCUGUUCCAGAGCAGAGUAUGAUUCAGACAUUAUGUUUCCUCCUUGAAUGUCUCCUGACUAAGGAAAACACUCCUCCUGACUGUCCCAAGGAACUCUAUGAACUUUACUUUGUUUUUGCUGUUGUCUGGGCCUUUGGUGGAACGAUGUUCCAAGACCAGCUUGUAGACUACAGAGUAGAGUUCAGUAAGUGGUGGGUGACUGAGUUUAAGACCAUCAAGUUUCCUUCUCAGGGAACUGUCUUUGAUUUUUACAUUGAUCCAGAAACAAAGAAGUUUGAGCCUUGGUCUAAACUUAUCCCCAAAUUUGAAUUUGAUCCAGAACUGCCAUUACAAGCUUGUCUGGUGCCUACCAGUGAAACCAUACGAGUAAGGUACUUCAUGGACAAGCUCCUGGAACAACGGAGGCCAGUCAUGCUUGUGGGUAAUGCAGGCACUGGGAAAUCUGUGCUGGUAGGAAGCAAACUCUCUUCACUGGAUACUGAUGAGUACAUGGUGAAGAAUGUUCCAUUCAACUAUUAUACCACCUCAGCCAUGCUUCAAGCUGUGCUUGAGAGGCCUCUGGAUAAAAAGGCUGGUAAGAAUUAUGGUCCACCUGGCACCAAAAAGCUCAUCUACUUCAUUGAUGAUAUGAAUAUGCCUGAAGUAGACACAUAUGGGACAGUACAGCCCCAUACACUCAUCAGGCAACACCUGGACUAUGGCCACUGGUAUGACCGAAACAAAUUGUCCCUGAAAGAGAUCAUGAACGUGCAAUAUGUGUCAUGUAUGAACCCUACUGCAGGGAGUUUCACAAUCAACUCACGCCUUCAGCGUCACUUCAGUGUGUUUGCACUCUCAUUUCCUGGAUCAGAUGCUUUGUCCACCAUCUACAGCACCAUCUUAACGCAGCAUCUGAAAAGUGGGAAUUUCCCUGGGCCUCUGCAGAAAUCUGCUCAGCAACUAAUAACCCUGGCACUUGCUCUGCACCAGAAAGUAGCUGCUAUGUUUUUGCCAACAGCUAUCAAAUUUCAUUACAUUUUCAAUCUACGAGAUUUAUCCAAUAUCUUUCAAGGCAUUCUGUUUUCUACCCCGGAAUGUCUGAAGCAUCCCCAAGACCUAGUGAAGCUCUACCUGCAUGAGGCAAACCGUGUGUACCGGGAUAAGAUGGUUGAUGAAAAAGAUUUUGACAUCUUUGACAAAAUGCAGAUGGAGAUGGUGAAAAAAUUCUAUGAUGAGACUGAGGAGAUGCUAGAACAGACCAAGAAGAUGAACAUGUAUUGCCAUUUUUCAAAAGGUAUUGGGGAAUCCAAAUACAUGCCUGUUCAGACCUGGGAGUCAUUGAACCAGAUCCUUGUAGAAGCUCUGGAUAACUACAAUGAAGUCAAUGCUGCCAUGAACCUGGUCCUUUUUGAAGAUGCCAUGUGCCAUGUCUGCCGCAUCAACCGUAUCCUAGAAUCACCCAGAGGAAAUGCUCUCCUCGUUGGUGUAGGUGGAAGUGGCAAGCAGAGCCUGACAAGACUUGCAGCUUUCAUUAGUUCAUUGGAGGUUUUCCAGAUCACUCUGAAGAAAGGUUAUGGGAUCCCUGACCUGAAGGCAGACUUGGCAAGCCAGUACCUUAAAGCCGGAGUGAAGAAUAUUGGCACUGUAUUCCUUAUGACUGAUGCACAAGUGGCUGAUGAAAGGUUCUUAGUGCUGGUGAAUGACUUGUUAGCUUCAGGUGAAAUUCCUGAUCUCUUCCCUGACGAUGAAGUUGAAAACAUCAUCAGCAGUGUGAGAAAUGAAGUCAAGAACCAGGGACUAAUGGACACCAAAGAAACAUGCUGGAAAUUCUUCAUAAAUCGGGUUCGACGACAACUAAAGGUUGCACUUUGUUUCUCACCUGUUGGUAACAAGCUGAGAGUCCGCAGCAGGAAGUUCCCAGCCAUUGUGAACUGCACAGCAAUAGACUGGUUCCAUGAGUGGCCUCAAGAGGCAUUAGAAUCUGUCAGCAUGCGCUUCCUGCAAGAAACACAGAAUAUUGAGCUUUCAGUCAAAGAUUCCAUAAGCAAGUUUAUGGCGUAUGUCCAUACAAGUGUGAAUGAGAUGUCCAGAUCUUAUUUGAGCAAUGAACGUCGCUAUAACUACACCACACCCAAAUCAUUCCUCGAACAAAUCAAAUUGUAUCAAAAUUUACUACGUAAAAAAGGCAAGGAAUUGACUGCUAAAAUGGAACGAUUGGAGAAUGGCUUACAGAAACUGAACAGCACAUCAGCACAGGUAGAUGACCUGAAGGCCAAACUUGCAACCCAAGAAGUGGAGCUGAAACAGAAGAAUGAAGAUGCUGACAAAUUGAUACAAGUGGUGGGAGUGGAAACAGAGAAAGUGAGCAAGGAGAAAGCCAUCGCUGAUGAGGAGGAGCAGAAGGUGGCACUGAUAAACCAAGAGGUCAAACAAAAACAAAAAGAUUGUGAGGAAGACCUGGUCAAGGCAGAACCAGCCCUUGCUGCUGCCCAGGCAGCUCUCAACACCCUUAAUAAGAACAAUCUGACAGAACUGAAAUCAUUUGGGUCACCACCUUCAGCUGUCAGCAAUGUCACUGCUGCUGUAAUGGUGCUCAUGGCCCCAGGUGGAAGGGUUCCCAAAGACAGAAGCUGGAAAGCAGCUAAGAUUACCAUGGCCAAAGUAGAUAGUUUCCUGGAUGCCUUAGUCAACUUUAAUAAGGAGAAUAUACAUGAGAACUGUCUCAGAGCUCUUCAACCAUACCUACAGGAUCCCGAAUUUAAUCCUGAGCUUGUGACAACCAAGUCCUAUGCUGCUGCUGGUCUCUGUUCUUGGGUUAUAAAUAUUGUGAGAUUCUAUGAGGUGUACUGUGAUGUGGAGCCUAAGCGACAGGCUCUGAACAAAGCCAAUGCAGAACUAGCUGCUGCACAGGAGAAGCUGGCUAACAUCAAAGCCAAAAUUGCUCACCUUAAUGAAAACCUGGCAAAACUCACAGCCAAAUUUGAGAAGGCUACAUCAGACAAACUAAAAUGCCAGGAAGAAGCUGAAGCUACUGCAUGUACCAUCUCUCUUGCAAAUCGACUAGUUGGAGGACUUGCCUCUGAAAAUGUGAGAUGGGCAGAAGCUGUGAAAGACUUCAAACAGCAACACAGUACACUGUGUGGAGACGUCUUGCUAAUCACAGCAUUUGUCUCUUACUUGGGCUACUUUACAAAGAAAUACAGACAAGAUCUGAUGGAUAGAAUCUGGAGACCGUACUUGUGCCAGCUAAAAGUCCCAAUCCCUGUUACUCCAUCAUUAGACCCUCUGACAAUGCUGACAGAUGAUGCUGAUAUAGCAGCUUGGCAGAAUGAGGGCCUGCCAGCUGAUCGCAUGUCCACAGAAAAUGCCACAAUCCUUACAAACUGUGAACGAUGGCCCCUCAUGGUUGACCCCCAGCUCCAGGGUAUCAAAUGGAUUAAAACAAAAUAUGGUGAAGAUCUAAGAGUGAUCAGAAUUGGGCAGAAGGGGUAUUUGGAUAUUAUGGAACGAGCCCUUGCUGCAGGUGAAGUUGUUUUGAUUGAAAAUUUGGAGGAAUCUGUAGAUCCAGUUUUGGGCCCCUUGCUUGGUCAAGAAACAAUCAAGAAAGGAAGGUAUCUUAAAAUUGGAGAUAAGGAAUGUGAGUAUAACCCCAAUUUCCGUCUCAUCCUCCACACAAAGCUAGCAAAUCCCCAUUACCAACCUGAGAUGCAAGCACAGUGUACCCUCAUCAAUUUUACUGUAACUCGAGAUGGUUUGGAAGACCAGCUAUUAGCAGCUGUAGUGAGCAUGGAGAGGCCUGACCUGGAAGAACUAAAGUCAGACCUCACAAAGCAGCAGAAUGGAUUCAAAAUCACCUUAAAAACCUUGGAGGACAAUUUGCUUUCCCGGCUCUCAUCAGCAUCUGGGAACUUCUUGGGAGACACAGAGUUGGUGGAAAAUUUGGAAAUCACCAAACAGACAGCUGCAGAAAUUGAAGAAAAGGUCCAGGAAUCCAAAGUGACAGAAACAAUGAUAAAUGAGGCAAGGGAACACUAUCGGCCUGCUUCAGCCCGGGCUUCUCUGCUUUACUUCAUAAUGAAUGAUCUCAACACCAUCCACCCAAUGUACCAGUUCUCUUUGAAGGCUUUCAGUGUUGUUUUCCACAAGGCCAUUGAGAGGGCCCUUCCAGAAGAGAACCUCAAAGAGCGUGUAAUAAACCUCAUUGAUAGCAUCACCUUCUCCGUGUUCCAGUAUACUACGAGGGGGCUUUUUGAAUGUGACAAACUCACCUACACCGCCCAAGUUACCUUCCAGAUACUUCUGAUGAAUAAAGAAAUUAACAUUGUGGAACUGGAUUUCCUGCUUCGCUAUCCCUUACAGCUAGGAGUCACGAGUCCAGUAGAGUUCCUAUCUAACCAUUCAUGGGGUGGCAUCAAGGCUCUGACAUCCAUGGAGGAGUUCCGGAAUUUAGAUCGGGAUAUUGAAGGGUCUGCUAAACGCUGGAAAAAAUUUGUAGAAUCUGAAUGUCCUGAAAAGGAGAAGUUCCCUCAGGAGUGGAAGAACAAGUCAGCUCUGCAGCGACUGUGCAUAAUGAGAGCCAUUCGGCCUGACCGCAUGACAUAUGCUGUCCGGGAUUUUGUUGACGAAACGCUUGGGAGUAAAUAUACAAUAGGAAGAUAUCUGGAUUUUGCAAUAUCCUAUGAGGAGUCAGGACCUGCAACCCCAGUGUUCUUUAUCCUGUCCCCUGGUGUUGAUCCUCUGAAGGAUGUGGAGAAACAAGGGAAGAAACUGGGUUACACGUUUGACAACAGGAAUUUCCACAAUGUUUCCCUUGGACAGGGUCAAGAAGUAGUAGCAGAGCAAGCCCUAGACCUAGCUGCAAAGGAGGGUCAUUGGGUUAUCCUUCAGAAUAUCCAUCUGGUGGCCAAAUGGCUGAGUUCUCUCGAGAAAAAACUUGAGCAGCAUAGUGAAGGCAGCCAUCAAGAAUUUCGUGUUUUCAUUAGUGCCGAGCCUGCACCUUCAGCUGACAGCCACAUUAUUCCCCAAGGAAUCCUGGAGAAUUCCAUCAAAAUCACUAACGAACCCCCGACAGGGAUGCAUGCCAACCUUCACAAGGCCCUUGAUAACUUCAACCAGGAUACCCUGGAGAUGUGUGCCCGAGAGAAUGAAUUCAAAAGCAUCCUAUUUGCCCUCUGUUAUUUCCAUGCUGUUGUGGCAGAAAGACGCAAGUUUGGACCCCAAGGCUGGAACCGCUCCUAUCCCUUUAACACUGGAGACCUGAUUAUUUCAGUCAAUGUCCUCUAUAAUUACCUGGAGGCCAAUUCAAAGGUUCCCUAUGAUGAUUUGCGCUAUCUCUUUGGUGAGAUUAUGUAUGGCGGGCACAUUACAGACGAUUGGGACAGGCGACUUUGCAAAACCUACUUGGAAGAAUUUAUUAAGCCAGAGAUGCUGGAGGGAGAACUGCUUCUAGCUCCAGGGUUUCCUCUCCCAGGGAACAUGGAUUAUAAUAGUUAUCACCAGUAUAUAGAUGAUGUCCUACCUGCUGAGUCUCCAUAUCUUUAUGGUCUCCAUCCAAAUGCUGAAAUUGGGUUCUUAACUCAAACCUCGGAGAAACUCUUCCGCACUGUGUUAGAGAUGCAACCUCAUGACACAAAUGUUGGUGAAGGAGGAGGAGCUACCAGGGAAGAGAAGGUAAAAGCUGCUCUGGAUGAGAUUCUAGAGAAACUGACUGAUGAAUUUAACAUCCCAGAACUGAUGGCAAAGGUGGAGGAGAGGACACCAUAUAUUGUGGUUGCUUUCCAGGAAUGUGAACUCAUGAACAGCCUCACAAACGAGAUAAAGCGAUCACUUAAAGAACUAGAUCUGGGAUUGAAGGGGGAGCUGACCAUGACUGGUGAUAUGGAGAACUUGCAGAAUGCUAUCUUCCUGGACACGGUCCCUGAGUCUUGGACUAAGAGGGCUUAUCCUUCUACAGCUGGCUUGGCUAGCUGGUUUGCUGACCUUCUCAACCGCAUCAAGGAACUUGAGACAUGGACAGGAGACUUCUCCUUGCCCUCCGCAGUGUGGUUAGCAGGAUUCUUCAACCCUCAGUCUUUCUUGACAGCCAUCAUGCAGUCCAUGGCCCGAAAGAAUGAGUGGCCUUUGGAUAAAAUGGCCCUGCAAUGUGACAUGACAAAGAAGAACAAGGAGGAUUUCAGCAACCCUCCUCGUGAAGGGGCCUAUAUACAUGGCUUAUUCAUGGAGGGUGCACGCUGGGAUGUGCAGACUGGGAUAAUCACAGAUGCCAGGCUGAAAGAACUCACCCCAGCUGUGCCUGUUAUUUUCAUCAGAGCCAUACCUGCUGAUAAACAGGACACUCGCAGUGUGUAUCCAUGUCCUGUGUACAAAACCCGUCAAAGGGGGCCAACUUACGUGUGGACUUUUAACCUUAAAACUAAAGAAAACCCUUCCAAGUGGGUCCUUGCUGGCGUAGCAUUGCUACUGCAAGUUUAGUUGCUUCAAGGCAGGAUGCAUUCAUGGGAAACUGUUAACCAUUUCUUAUUUGAAUUUUUAAAGGAAUAUAUGAAAGAUGAAAUAAUUAUGUUUAGACUAAUAAGUAUUGUAAUUUCUCAAACUCAUUCUUAAAAAGAUGUCAGGUAUAGCAAGAAACACUAAAGAAAUAGUGUAGGAUGGAUUCUCUGCUACUGUAAAUUAGAGAAUUGCUUUUUACUGUAUUUACUUGAAUAGAAGAUGACUCUGAUUAUAAAAUGACCCCCCACCCCAUAAUUAGUUUCUAUAUAUGGGAAAUGUAUAAUUUUGUUAUAAUUUUCUAGAUAUAUAAUCUUAUUAUUGGAGGUUUGCCUUGAAUUUGUCCUCUUUCAACUAUUACAGCAGGAAAAAAUAAUUCUGGAGGAUCAGACAGCUCCUUUGCUCUUUGCUUCUCCCCAGCUUUUCCCCCUGAUAGCCCCUCCUUUUUCUUGUUACUGUCAGACUUUGCUCUCCCUGAACAUAUAAAAGCACAAAGCGAAUUGGAAAACAAUAACCUUGAAAACAAACAUGGCUAUAGUAACUUGCAUAUAAUGCCUAUAUAUUUAAUUCAUCCAGAAUCGAUGCAUAUUACUUUUUUUUUUUUUUAAACUGCUGUACAUUUUAACACGAGCAUGCCAUAAACACAUUUUGGAACAGCAUUUUAGCACUUACUAGUAUGGAGUGCAAACUAUGCAUGAUAUCUGCCCAGAGCCAAAGAGUCAUAACUUACCAUGUAUUUCAUUGGGCUGGGCUCCUCCAGAUUUAAUAGCAUUACAAGCUACUGUGACCCCACAGCGCAGCACUGUUCAGCAUGUUUCUGUACUACAGGAUACCCCCCAACAAAGGAUCCAUGUGCUAAUUAGCCCCCACUCAUGAACAGAACUGGAUAUCCUUGUCACAAGUCUUAGGAUCCUCCAAAAAUGUACAUGCAAAUAAGGCAAAGGGCAGCAUGGUCUGGCUCCACCUCAUGGAGAGUGGGGCACACUAAUCAUAUGUUCCAGGUUGAGAGAGGGGUGACAGAGGGAUUCUGGCUGAACUGUUUGGGGCCUGUUUCAUCAUGUUUGCCACAGGACUAUGUGUAAUGGGUAUAAGUCUUGUUCAGGUCAGCUGCCCUAACCUAGCCUUGUGGUAGGUUUAGCUUAGCCUUUUAGCACCAAGGGAAGGGUAUCAGGGUUGGUUCUGACCCUUCUAAUGUUAUUUUGAUAUUGCAGGGAUUCCAGGGGUUGUACUAGUUCCCUGUGGAGAGAGCACCCACAAUUUUUUUUAGGAGGUCUCAGAUGCAUGCACAUGGGGCCUGUCCAGAGGAGCAUGGUCGUGCGGUAUGUGGUGCCACAAACAUGUUUGCAGUGCCACAUGCUGCACAGUCCAGCAAUCUCCACACUGCAAGGGCACACUGCCCGAGUGGGUACUACUCUGUUGUUUUGUUUUCUGUGGUUUUCUUGACCCCUGGAUUUAGGUAUAAAAAAAUGCGGGGGGUGGGAGGGAGGGGAAAUGGAGCAGCACAUGAGCACAUUCUCAGGUAGCGUGCACUGCUGGAAAGUAGAGCCAGGCCGCCUGGAGCCAUGCUGCAGCUAUGGGCCAGGCUCUGCCUGGCAGGAUUGCUGCACCUGCAGCUCCAUGAGGCCCUCAGGACCCUAGGUAAGGCUGCUGGGGCCAGCACAGUGCUGGCUCCAGCCUCCCCUACUGCCCACUCCCCCCACCGGGGUAACUUGCCACGUACCAAAGCACACGUGGCAUGGGCUUUCCUUAGGGACAAGUAGCAACGGUGCAAGGUGUACCGCCACUACUUGUCCCCAGGGAACCAAAUGUCCAUGCAUGUCUGGACAUGCCCAUGGUUGCCAUCAGCCUGCUUAUCCACUAUAGCCUAUGCAUUUCAUAGUCACACUUAGUGUUGGUUGCAUUUAGUCAAUAUCAUAGUUGUUUUCCAUUGCUGAGCACAUACUGCUUUUGGCAGUAGUUUAACAAUACCCAAUGUAUUUAGUGUGACUUUCUUGUAUAUGAUUGUAAUACAACAGGCUUUUUUCUUGUGCCAAUUAUGGGGAAAAAACCUCUUCUUGUAUUCAAGUAAAUAUGGUAUUUCAAUAGCCCUAAACUGAUUUACUUUUCUUGAAGUUCUAGGUAGGUUUAAAUUUGAUGAAACCUACAUUUUUCUUUGUUUAUGUCCUUCUCCUAAGUCAGCUGAAGUCAGUGGGUCCCACUCUAUUGGCCUUAACAAGCCUUGAAUUAAGCCUGUAGCUUGGAAUAAUCUGUGUGAUUCUUUCCACAUUGUUGUUUUCUUCAAAUAAACAUUUCAGUGAGAUAUGAAGGAAAGUGCUAAUGCUGAGGAACCUGACACUUAUUGUGAAAAUCAGUUGUUUUAAUAUACUGUAAAAGUCCUCACUGAUACCCCAUUAAUCUUUAGAAAUAUUAAAAGAAGUGGUUAUUCCCAAGGUUUUUAAUAUAAUUGAAAUUAAAUAUAUAGUACAGAAAUUAUUUCAGUAAAGGAAAGCAUUUCAUACUUGUGUAAAUUUCCUAAUAAAAAUCUUAUUUCUUGCACUUGCA